CUUUGCGCCAGUGCUGCGCAGCAGCCAUCUUCCCCGCGCAUCCCUUCCCCCUCCUCCCACAGCAGGAGGGAUGCUGGGGAUGCUUCGCGCUCCCCCACCCCCCGGCCCUGGGGAUAGGUACGGGACCUCCAUAUCCCCCACCCCGCCGGGUGGUGCUCCCCACUACUCCCCUCUGCCUGACGAGGGCUGCGCAGUGCCAGCCGGGGGGAGACGGGGGCUGCGGUGAUGCCACCGCCAAUGCCCCCGCCUCCACGCUCGGCUACUGGGGGGGACACGCAGGCUGCGGAGCUGGGAGGAGAACAGCAGUGCCACGCAACUUUCUGCCAUGUGAUCCCGUGCCCGGCUCCAGCCCUCGCCGCCCCCAGGCAGGCGCAGAGCCCCCCACCCGCCGCCGCUGCCAUGGGCGAGAGAUGUGACUACCAGCGCCUGAGCAGCGCCGAGGAGGAGGAGGAGAUGCUGCCCCCCCUGCCCCACAGCCUGUCGGACAGCAGCGGGCUGCGAGCCCCACGGAUGGGCAGCAGUCGCCCGGGGCUGCCUCCCCAGCAGGACGUCACUCUGGGCAUGACGUGCCGGCGGAAGCUGAGCUGUAGCAUGCAGGCAGAAGAGGGCACGGACUGGCUGUUGGAGCUGCUGACUGAGCUGCAGCUGCAGCAAUACUUCCUGCGCAUCCGGGACGAACUCAACGUCACCCGCCUGUCCCACUUCGAGUAUGUCAAAAAUGAGGAUCUGGAGAAGAUUGGCAUGGGGCGCCCCGGCCAGCGGCGGCUGUGGGAGGCGGUGAAGCGGAGGAAAGCCAUGUGCAAGCGGAAAUCUUGGAUGAGCAAGGUGUUCAGCGGGAAGCGCCCUGACUCGGAGCUGCCGCCUCAGCCCCACAGCACCUUCCGCAAGCCCCCAACGCCACCCCCCCCGGACACGGGGGGCCAGCACUCCCUCACCUGCCUCAUCAGGGAGCGGGACCUCUCGCUCUUCGAGAAGUUGGGUGAUGGCUCCUUCGGCGUCGUGCGUCGUGGAGAGUGGUGCACGCCUGCUGGCAAGACGCUCAACGUGGCUGUGAAGUGUCUGAAGACGGAUGUGCUAAGCCAGCCGGAGGUGCUGGAUGACUUCAUCCGCGAGGUGAACGCCAUGCACUCGCUGGACCACAAGAACCUCAUCCGCCUCUACGGCGUGGUGCUCUCCCACCCCAUGAAGAUGGUGACAGAGCUGGCCCCUCUGGGCUCCCUUCUGGACCGUCUGCGGAAGAACCAGGGCCAUUUUCUCAUCUCCACGCUGUGCCAGUAUGCCAUCCAAGUGGCCAAAGGCAUGGCCUACCUGGAGUCCAAGCGCUUCAUCCACCGAGACCUGGCUGCUCGCAACAUCCUGCUCGCCUCCAAUGAGCAGGUCAAGAUUGGGGACUUUGGGCUGAUGAGGGCUCUGCCCAAAAAUGACGACCACUACGUGAUGCAGGAGCAUCGUAAGGUGCCCUUCGCCUGGUGUGCUCCUGAGAGCCUAAAGACACGCACCUUCUCCCACGCAAGUGACACUUGGAUGUUUGGGGUGACACUGUGGGAGAUGUUCACUUACGGGCAGGAGCCAUGGAUUGGCCUCAAUGGCAGCCAGAUCCUACACAAGAUUGACAAGGAGGGUGAGAGGCUGCCGCGGCCCGAGGACUGUCCCCAGGAUGUCUACAAUGUCAUGCUGCAGUGCUGGGCCCAUAAGCCUGAGGACCGGCCCACCUUCGUGGCCCUGCGUGACUUCCUGGUGGAGGCCCAGCCCACCGACAUGAGGGCUCUGCAGGACUUCGAGGAGCCCGACAAGCUGCACAUCCAGAUGAACGACAUCAUCACGGUCAUCGAGGGCAGGGCCGAGAAUUACUGGUGGCGGGGUCAGAAUAAGCGGACCCUAAAAGUGGGCCAGUUCCCCCGCAACACGGUGACCUCGGUGGCGGGGCUGUCGGCCCAUGACAUCAGCCAGCCGCUUAAAAACAGCUUCAUCCACACAGGCCAUGGAGACACCAACCCUCAGCAGUGCUGGGGGUUUCCCGAUAAAAUUGAUGAGCUGUACCUGGGAAAUCCCAUGGACCCUCCUGACGUUUUAGGAGUGGACCUGAGCACUGCCAGACCCACCCAGCUCCCAGGAAGGGCUAAAAGGCAGCCGCCUCCGCGCCCGCCUCAGCCUUCCAUCCUGCUUACCAGUAAGUCGGGCUGUUCUGGGAGCCGCCAGCCCUGCUCGUGCCCCUUCUCUUCUCUCUUAGCUCCUUUCUUUCAAGAGCCUUCCUACGACCCGGUCAGUGAGGAGGACGAGGGCCUGUCAGCCGGCAUCCGAAAGCUUUGCCUGAAGAAGCCAGGCCCGGGGAAGGGCCUGCGGCUUGCCAAGCCUUCUGCCCGCGUGCCGGGCACCAAGGUGGGUGAGCGGCAACCCGGCCGGUCACCCAGCGAGGGACCAACGAGCGGCGAGGUGACCCUCAUUGACUUUGGGGAGGAGGUGCCCCCCACCACCCCUUCACCUGUCGGGGAGCUGACGGCCCCCUCCCUCGCCAAGCUGGCCAUGGAGGCCUUCUCGCUGCUGGACAAAACUCCCCCGCAAAGCCCCACACGAGCCCUGCCCCGGCCCCUCCACCCCACGCCAGUGGUGGACUGGGACGCCCGGCCCUUGCCCCCGCCACCUGCCUACGAUGACGUGGCACAGGACGAGGAUGACUUCGAGGUGUGCUCCAUCAACAGCCCCCUGGGGCGGCAGGGCAGCCGUGCUGGCCUUCCCAGCGCACGCGAGCGGGGUGAGACCAACUACGGCUUCGUGGACGAGGGCGAGCGGGCAGCGGGGCUGGAGGACAACCUCUUUCUGCCCCCCAAAGACACCAAGCAGCCCAGCCUGACGCAGACUACAGAGAUCUUCCAGGAGCUGCAGCAGGAGUGCAUGAAGAGGUUUAACGUGCCCCGGGGGCCAUCCGCCUGCCUGGCUGACGACAAACCCCAAAUCCCACCCCGCGUCCCCAUUCCGCCUCGGCCGCUGCGCCGCAAUGAACCCGGGCGUUGGUCUGGAGAGCUGUCCCCAGCCUCGGGGGGCGAAGAGGACCGGCCACCCCAAAUCCCCCCUCGGGACCCGCUGUCUCAGCCCACUUCGCGGACGCCCAGCCCCAUGGCCCUGCAGGUGGGCUCCCCACAGCAGCGGGCUGCCCUCUGCUCCUGCCUAUCCACGUCGCCAGGGAAACCCAUGCCCACCACGCAGAGCUUCGCCCUGGACCCCAAAUACGCCACCCCCAAAGUGAUCCAGGCGCAGGGCAAGGACUGCUCCAAGGGACCCUGCAUCCUGCCCAUUGUGAAGGAUGGGCAGAAGGUCAGCAGCACCCACUACUACCUGCUGCCCGAGCGCCCUGCCUACUUGGACAAGUAUGAGAAGUUUUUCAAGGAGGCCAAAAGCCCCGAGGAGGCACCAGCGUCCCGCGUGGUCACCACGGCCACAGUCCGGCCCAUGGUGCAGCAGCAGCCCGACUACAAGGCCAACUUUUCCUCCAACAACAGCAACCUCGGGCCCAAGUGCUUGGUAAAAGCUUCCUGCAGUCUCCAGAAGAUCGUGUACGAUGGGCCAGAUGGCUAUCGGCCCUCAGAGAAGAUCCGGCUGGUGCAGGACACGGUGCAUGGUGUCACCACCGAGGAGUGCCAGGCAGCCCUGCAGAACCACGGCUGGAAUGUUCAACGUGCCAUCCAGUACCUGAAGGUGGAGCAGCUCUUCUGCCUGGGGCUGAAGUCCCGCGUGGAGUGCCACCGGGUGCUGGAGAUGUUCGACUGGAACCUGGCGCAGGCCAGCUCCCACCUCCUCGACCCCUACAGCUCCUCCAGGCAGAAGCGGUGACAGCGGGGACCAGGUGAGCGAGGCCGGACCCAGAGCAGGCAUCUCGCUGCGGGGUCACCUCCCCAAUCCCACUGCCCGCUGCUGGACUCUGGACUGAGCCCCACCUGGGGGAUGGGGGCACCCCAAAAGGGACCCUGCCCAACGGUUGAGACUAUGCCACAGCCCCUGUGCCAGGGGGUCUGCGCCCUGGCUGAGGAGAUGAGCUCCGUCCCUUGGCCCGAUGUUGAAUUGUUUUUGUAAAGAGAAAUGUAAUUUUAAUAUAUAUAUAUAUAUUAUAUUAUA